GUCCGCCCGCGCCGGCCCGCCCGCGCCUGCGCACUGCGGCUCCCUCUCCGCGUCGGCGCCGACGGAAGAUGGCCAAGCGCACCAAGAAGGUCGGGAUCGUGGGUAAAUAUGGGACCCGUUACGGUGCGUCCCUUAGGAAAAUGGUGAAGAAGAUUGAAAUCAGCCAGCAUGCCAAGUACACCUGCUCCUUCUGUGGCAAGACCAAAAUGAAGAGGAAGGCUGUGGGUAUCUGGCACUGUGGAUCCUGCAUGAAGACAGUUGCUGGUGGUGCCUGGACUUACAAUACCACCUCUGCAGUGACAGUCAAAUCUGCCAUCAGAAGACUGAAGGAACUGAAAGACCAGUAGAAGCUACUUCCUGUUCUCCUUGUGAAACAUCCUUUUUUCUCCACUGUCAAGAUCUGUCCUUUUAUUAAUAAAAGGGCGAUGAUGGUGUGGAAUAAUUUUUGUCUUUUCUGCUUGAAGUCCAGUCUGUUAUGUAUGGUGAGUGCCAGGUGCCCACCCAAACUGCCCCAUCACUGCCUUCCUCUACUGGACAAGGGAGAGAAAUUAUAAUAAAGGUCUGUGGGUGGGAUAAGGGCAGGGAGAGAUCCCUCACCAGCUACUGUCAUGGGAAAAACAGACCUGACUUGAGGAAACCAGUGUAAUUUAUUAACAAUUGUUUCAGAGUAGGACAAUGAGAAAUAAAACCAAAUAUUAAUUCCAA